AUGUUUUAAGCGAGCCUGCAAUAGAUACUGGCUGCUUCCCAAAUAGUUUGCAAGAGGCCCUUGAAAAUCAAGCGCCCCUCCUUCCAAGGGAGAGAAGGGAGCUGGUGAGGCGGGUGGCCGACCAGUUGUUACUUAAACAAUCCAGACCCAGGAGAGAGGAGAUACGCAGCGCAGCUGCACAAGUUGUUGCUGCGUACCCUCUCUCUCUUGAGGACCGGAAGUUGGAUGGCGGGCUGCUGGGACGGGGUUACGACUCCUUGUUCCAGCAGCUCGAAAAUAGGGUGGAAAACCUAAAUCGGGGUAAACGCUCCACUUCACCGGCAGGACCAUCAAGCCUCGGGGCAAGACGGUGGGCUUACGGCUGCGCCAACUGGCAGCCAGUCCGCAGGUUUGAGCCCCCUAAUGACACCGCAGAAAAAAUUGAAUUCUUAAAACAUGAAGGACACAAACACGCAAAAGAAAUUAAUACAGCACUCGCAACACAAUACAUGGAAGACCUAUACACCGAACAGAGGACAUUUAUAAACACAGAACCUUUCCCACAUACACUGACAGUGAAGGAGGAGUGGCCACUCCUGUUUGUAAGGCCAUUUUUCUAUGGCCAUGCUGACAAGCUUCUCGGGAAGAAUGUGAAGGCCAUAUUUCAAGAAAAAAUGUUGAUUUGUGCACCACAAGUGAUGCACCUUAUGGAAUUGACUCCAAGGAAGGAGACGAUGCGUGUGGUUGUGCACGUGCACGACGUAGAAAACGAAAAUCACAAAGCAGUUCAGGUGGCUCUGCUUCCCCUUCUGUGUGCCCACUUCAAGGACGACGAAAAGUGCCUUUUCCAAGUCUUUGAGGAGGGCACCAGUCUUGUGGGGGAGCUUGGCCACCUACCGUCAACCCCUACCAUCGUCGUACUAGGAAGCAUCUUCAAGCAGCAAUGCUAUAUAGCAGUAGAACAGCAGCUUCUCUUCAACGAGAAUGUGGAUUUUGUGGAAGCCACAUGCCUGCUAUUUUUAGCAUAUUAUGUUUUCAACAUGUCAUAUGCGGAUGGUGCAGCAACAACGCUGGAGUUCUUGCAAAGGUGCGAGAUAUUCCUAUGCAACAUUCACUGAGCAUGUCAAUUGCAAGUUUUCGAAGCUACGUGUGAUAUGUUUUUUUACAUUUAACUAUCCAUAAUGUGCAUUUGCAUUCUUUUAACUUUAACUUGUGAAUGAUGACCCGAUUUUUCAUAGAGAAUGUUGUGCUGAGACAUGGCGCACCAGCCAUCAUCAUAACAGACCGAGGCACCGCAUUCACAGCCGCGCUUUUAGAUAACGUCCUGAUGCUCAGAGGCACAAGUCACCGAAAGACAACAGCCUACCAUCCACAAACAAACGGACUAACAGAGCGCCUGAACAAAACACUCGAAGACAUGCUUUCCAUGUACGUGAAUAUAGAGCACAACGAUUGGGACGAGAUUCUGCCUUAUAUCACGUUUGCUUAUAACACGGCUAAACAAGAAACUACAUGGAUGACUACAUUCAGUCUUGUCCACGGACGUGAAGUAAGGACGAUGCUCGA